GCCAGCCGCACCGCAUUCGUCAUUCACUGGCAAGAGGCAAACCCAAGCAGCUGAGCGUGUCGUCGUCAGCGGACAAGUGCCACUAACGGAAGAAGAACAAGACAAGAGCAUUUUAGCGGCAAACAUACACUCGUAUCUACUACACCUACACACACACAUAUGUUAAGGUAACAGUGUGUGAAAAUCACGCGAGUCAUUUGACGACUUCGGUGCAACGGCAAUUUUGUAAAAUCAGUUGUUGACAAGCUGUGAACGCGUUCACAGCAAUUUAUUUUGUUUGGAAGUAAAACCAAAGUGUUUUGUAUUGAAUUUAUUAAGUGUUUUAAGUAAAAGUUUUGAAUUAAGUAAAAAGUUCCUUAAAAAUGUCUUUCACACGUGAACAACUGGAAUCGGCGAUGAGCGAGAAGUUGUCCAAAUCGGACACCAUCAAAUUGCGGAACAAACAUAUUGGCCAAGCUUGCCAACUGUUCUACCGUUCUGACCCAUUGAAAAUUGUGCGUGGUCAGGGUCAGUAUAUGUUCGAUGAGAUGGGUACUCGCUAUUUGGACUGCAUCAAUAAUGUGGCGCACGUCGGUCAUUGCCAUCCGAAAGUGGUGCGCGCUGGCAGCCUACAAAUGGCCACCAUCUCGACGAAUAAUCGUUUUCUGCACGACGAGCUCGUGCAAUGCGCCAAAACGUUGACCAGCAAAAUGCCCGGCGAUCUGUCGGUCUGCUUCUUUGUCAACUCCGGUUCGGAAGCCAACGACUUGGCUCUGCGUUUGGCCCGUAACUACACCAAGCGCCGCGAUGUGAUCACACUCGAUCACGCCUACCAUGGGCACUUGACUGCCGUUAUGGAGGUCUCACCGUACAAGUUCAACCAACCCGGCGGUGAACCGAAACCCGACUAUGUGCACGUUGCGCCCUGUCCCGACGUCUAUCGCGGCAAAUAUGUCGACAAAGAGCAUCCUGGCGAAGAUAUGGCUGAACUCUAUUGCGCGCCCAUUGUGGAGGUAUGCAAGAAAUUGCAAGCGCAGGGUAAAGGUGUAGCUGCCUUCAUUGCCGAGAGUUUACAGAGCUGCGGUGGUCAAAUCAUACCACCAGCCGGUUACUUCCGCGCGGUCUACGAUGCUGUGCAUGCCGCCGGCGGUCUCACCAUCGCCGAUGAGGUGCAAGUCGGUUUCGGACGCGUUGGCACACAUUAUUGGGCUUUCGAGACGCAAGAUGUCGUACCCGAUAUUGUAACGGUCGCCAAGCCAAUGGGCAAUGGUCAUCCAGUUGGCGCUGUGGUCACCACACCAGAGAUAGCGCAUGCCUUCUACGCCACCGGUGUGGCCUACUUCAAUACCUACGGCGGCAAUCCGGUUUCCUGUGCCAUUGCUAACGCUGUAAUGCGCGUCAUCGAAGAGGAGGGUCUGCAGGAGAAUGCACGCAGUGUUGGUGAUUAUUUGCUGAAGAAAUGUCUUGAAUUCAGCAAGGAAUUCGACAUCAUCGGUGAUGUGCGCGGUGUGGGUCUCUUUGUGGGCAUUGAAUUGGUGAAAAAUCGUGACACCCGCGAACCGGAUACGAAGUCGGCGCAUUGGGUUGUCAAUCGCAUGAAGUCGCUGCACAAGGUGCUCGUCUCCUCCGACGGUCCCAAUGACAAUGUGAUCAAACUAAAGCCACCCAUGUGUUUCAAUCAGGAAAAUGCCGAUCAAUUCCUGCAAGCUUUCCGCGAAUGUUUGGCCAUGCUCGUGAAGGAGGGCAACGAUGCGCACUUCAUGGUCGGCGCUGAUGCCGAGCAGAAUACGAGCACGAUGUUCGAGAAUCGUCAACGGCUCAUCAAGUCGUCAUAAGGUCUGGCUUGUGGGUUUUUCGUGCGAAGGGAAGUGGGGUAGUCAGUUAAGCGCUUUAGUAGAGUGGAGUGUGUUUGUCUUCUAUUAUAUAUAAUAGUAUAGUUAUUUAGCCAGAUCAAUAUUGGUGCCAUAGUUUAAGUGUAGAUUUAUGAAUAUUCAAAAUUUUUUAAAAA